AUGGGAUAUUUCGAAUUUGGACUGAACUCCCCGGAGAACCUGCAAGACAGAUCCAGAGAGGAUGGCAAUGUAGAAAGGGAGGUUGGAUGUUUGAUCCCACGUACCUUACAAAUUAUAAGGACCCCAUUGGUCUGCGGAAUUUCCGAGCCCGGCCCCCUUAAUCGUCGCGUCGAUGGAGUCCAACACAUAGAGUAUGAGAUGGUGCUGAACUCUGGAUGA